CAGCCGCUGUGAAGGGCUUGUUGUAGGACUAGCGAAUCCCGACGUCCCUUCCCCCGUCUUUUCCUUGCAGGCUCCUCCCCCCGUAUCCUUGCUGCGCUGUCUCCUGCUGACGUGUCUGCCUCUGUCUCUGCUCAUGCUCCCUCCCCCCAGCAGCCACAGGACACUGCCACCCUACAGACAUGGCUGCGGCCAGGAUCCCCAUUUCCCUCCUGGCUCUUGUUCUACACGUCGCGCACAGCAGCCAGACUCUGGAGCGCACCUUCUCCGAGCUCAAGCGCUGCGCAGACGAGGAGUGUAGCAUGUUGAUGUGCAGGGGGAAAGCCUUAGAAGAUUUUGCAGGACCUGACUGCCGUUUUUUGAAUGUUAAAAAGGACGAAACAAUAUAUGUGUACUUCAAAUUAGCAGGAAGAUCCACAAGCCUUUGGGCAGGGACGGUUGGCAGUCAUUUUGGAUAUUUCCCAAAGGACCUCCUCGAUAUAAAACAAGUUUACACAACAGAUGAAAUUGAAUUACCAGCAGAUGAAACAGAUUUUGUAUGCCCCGAGGGAGGAAAAGAUAAUUUUGACAAUUAUAAUGUUGAUGAACUUUUAAAUAAACCAAAACAAAGCACAGAAUUCAAGGAGGGAAACAAUUUUGAAAAAGAAACACAACCAGGGGAUCCACCUGAUGGUGAGUCAGGGGUCAAAGAAAAAUCUUCUCCAAUUGAAAAUGCGAGCAAUGAGCAUCAGAAAAGGAAAGAGGAAGAUGACGAUAGACCCCAUCAAACAGAACAACCCCUGAGCUCAGACAAAAAAGAAGAUAAUCAAAAAGAGGAAGGAAUAAAUAGUGAAUCAGAAGAUUCUCAGGGAGGCAAAGUUGCACACGAUUCCACAGAAUCACUUUUAGUCAAAUCACAAGUGCCAGACGAACAUGCUGAACAUGGCAGCAUAUCUCAGGGAGGGCCUGCUGGGUCUAAUGAAGACUUGAAUGCCUUUUCAGUUAUUGAUGAAGACACCAUUCAGAAUUUGAAAACCUAUGUAGGUACAUUAGCUGAUGCUGUUGUGACUGAUGAUGAGGAUACAAGGCAUGUAACAAAAGAAUACACAUUCACAGAUGAAGACACAGAAGAGGAUAAACAAAAUGAUGGUGUAGAAGAAGGACAAGAGGAACAAUUAAAUGAGCCACCUUGGUUAUCUUACGAAGAUUUAAAUGUGGAGAGCAUGGAUAUGGAUGAAGCGGUGUUACUGGAAAAUGAAUCAACCCUUGACCAUCAACAAGAUCCAUUGCCUAAAGAUGAGGUUAAGACUACAGAAGGAAGAAUGGGAAAAGCAACACCAGUAAAACAAGAAGAAACGUUAGUGACUUCUUUGGGAGACACAAUCUUUGCCGUUGUUACUGGUGGUGAAAUAACAAAAGCAGUCACAAACUUUGAUGAAACAGACUCUGAAGAAGAAACCGAUGAAGAUCAAGAGGUUGAUGAAAAUGUGUCAGAAGAAGAAACAAUAUUUUUGCUUGGCUUGGAGAAAACUCAGAUGCCACAUAUAGAGCACACAACUGAUCAGGAAAAUAAAUUAGAAGUAGAACAAUCCCAAGCAGGAAUAGUGAGCUCUUCUGACAAUUUGAUUAACGAAUCUUCUGAUGAUGAUGCUGCUUCUCUUCCUCUCCCAAAAACAAAUGAUGACCCUGAAUUGUACCUAAACAGACAAAGUACAGUAGCAGAAACUGGAACUAAAAAAGAAUUAGAAACACUGGAGGAACAGUCAUUAAUACAUAAAGCUACAGAAAAGGCUGACACUGCAACUGAUGCGGAGCAUAAAUCUGCGGUGGAAAUAAAUCAGGUUGUAGGCAAUAACGAAUCUGAUGAUAAAAAUCAGGCUUUAAAUACCAACCCUACAUCUACUGAUGAAAAAACAGCUGUUUUGGACGAGUCCAAAAAGGAAGAAGUUAAACAAAUAGAAGAUGGUGAGAUAAAUGUGGGUACACUAGACACAGAUCUUCAAGAUGGUAAACUUCCAUCUACAGAGAAAGAACCAGCAAUUUCGGAUGACUCCAAAAAAGAGGAUAGAGAAAUGGAAGAUGGUCUGAGAAAAGAGGGUACACUAGACCCCAGUCUUCAAGAUGGAAAACUUGGAUCUGCAGAACCAGCAGCACCAGAAGACACCAAUAAAGAAGGUGGUGGAGAAAUGGGAGAUGGCCUGAGGAAAGAGGGUACAGUAGACCCAGAUCUUCAAGAUGGCAAACAAGCAAUUACAGAGAAAGAACCAGCAGUAUCCGAUGACUCCAAAAAGGAAGAAACUGGAGAAAUAAUAGAUGGUCCAAGUAAAGAGGGUACACCAGACCCUGAUCUUCAAGAUGACAAACUGCCAUAUACAGAGAAAGAAUCAGCAGUAUCCGAAGACUCCAAAAAAAAUGACGGUGGAGAAAUUGAAGAUACUCAGAGGAAGGUGGAUACUGUAGACACCGAUCUUGAAGAUGGCAAACUUGCAUCUAUAAAGAAACAACCAGCAGUAUUGGAUGACUCCAAUAAAAAAGCAGGUGGAGGAACAGAAGAUGGCCUGAGACAAGAGGGUACACUAGAUCCUGUUCCAGCAGCAUCAGAAGACUCCAAUAAAGAAGAGGGUAGAGAAAUGGAAGAUAGUCUAAGGAAAGUGCAUACACUAGACUCAGAUCUUCAAGAUGGCAAACUUACAUCUCCAGAGAAAAAAACAACCGUGUCAGAUGACUCCAAAAAAGAAGCAGGUGGAGAAACUGAAGAUGGUUUAAGGAAAAUGGAUACCGACCAAGAUCUUCAAGAUAGCAAACCUACAUCUACAGAGAAAGAGACGGUAGUACCUGAUAACUCAAAAGACACAAAAGAAGCAGAUGGAGAAAAAGAAGAUGGUGUGAGAAAAGAGAGUACAUUAGACCCCAGUCAAGAUGGCAAACUUACAUCUCCAGAGAAAAAAACAACUGUGUCAGAUGACUCCAAAAAAGAAGCAGGUGGAGAAACUGAAGAUGGUUUAAGGAAAAUGGAUACCGACCAAGAUCUUCAAGAUAGCAAACCUACAUCUACAGAGAAAGAGACGGUAGUACCUGAUAACUCUAAAGACACAAAAGAAGCAGAUGGAGAAAAAGAAGAUGGUGUGAGAAAAGAGAGUACAUUAGACCCCAGUCUUCAAGAUGGUAAACUUACAUCUACAGAGCAACAACCUGCAGCAUCAGGAGACUCCAAUAAGAAAGAAAGUAUAGAAAAGGAAGAUAAUCUAAGUAAAAUGGAAACACUGGAUCUUCAAGAUGGCAAACUUUCAUCCACAGAGAAAGAACCAGCAGAAUUGGACGACUCCAAAAAAGAAGGUGGCGAAAUGGAAGAUGGUCAGAUGAAAGAGGCUACACUACAACCAGAUCUUCACAAUAGCAAACUUGCAUCUACAGAAAAAGAACCAGUAGCAUUGGAUGACACCAAAAAAGAAGGUGGAGAAACGGAAGAUGGUCAGAAGAAAGAGGGUAUAUUGGACCCAGAUCUUAAAGAUGGCAAAUUAACAUCUACAGAGAAAGAACCGGCAGUAUCAGAUAUGUCCAGAAAAGGAGACAUUGACGAUAGUCAGAGGAAAGAGGGUACACUAGAUCCUGCUUUUCAAGAUGGCAAGUCUGUAGAUCCAGCUAUUGCCAAAGAACUACCAAUGGAGAGUGCACAUUUAGAGCAUUCUACAACAGAGAAAGGAGAGAACAAAGACCCAGAAGAAACUAAGAACAAAGCAGAUUCUUCUGACACGGCUUUAGUACAAGAUGAUAAACCACUGACAAACACAGAAAAUGUAUUGCCACUUUCAACAGCAAAUACUGUAGUCGACAAUGUAGUAGACCAAUCCUCAGUUGGUCAAAAAACUAAUGAAGAUAAAAAAAGCAAUGCUGGUAAGGAACCAACAUUAGCAGACCAAGAUGUAACAGAAGAAGACAAAUCAUCAAGUGAACCACCAACCAUGCCUGAAGGAAUCAAAUCUGCUGACCAGGAAAAAAGUAGUACUGAAGAAGUUGUAGAUCCUGAAGAAGAAGAAGAAGAAUACGGAGAAGAAGACGGAGAAGAAGAAGAAGGAGAAGACGAAGAAGAAGAAGAAGUAAUUGACAAACCUUCAAGCCCACCUGCAGUGGAACAUCCUAUCAAAGAAUCUGAAAGCCUCGGCAAAGGGACAGAAGAAUCCAAGGAAAAUGUGCUAGACAGUGCAACACUAAAUGCAGGAUUGUCUAAAGAGACACUGUCUGAUAGAAUUGAUUCUGAAAAGGUACAGUCAAAUUUGGAAGAACAUACAACUCAAAAUAAUAGCUCUGAUGCUUCUGAGACUGGCACUACUGAUGAAGUUGAUUAUGAAGUAGACCCAAAUGAAGAAAAUCAGCUGGAAGAUGAAAAUGCUGUUAGUGCUGUAUUAUCUCAGCAGAAUAUGGGAAAAAAUAGAGAAGAAUCAAAAGAUCCCAUUAAAGAGAAAGUGGAGGAAAGUUCUGGUAGCCCUGAUAAUCUCCAAAACUCAGACACCCCGAAUUCUGACAAAGCAUCUCUCAAUCAAAUCCAAGAUACAGAAACUAAACAAGGUAGAGAAACAGAAUUAAAUAUACAGAUGCCACCAGUUCCGAUUCAGGAAAGCAAAGAAGGCAAAAUUCAAGAUGGUGAAACCAGCCAGAUAGACGUUACUCAGGAGGGCAGCAAAACACUCCCUGCAUUGCACUCCAGUGAUGAUCUUAAAGAACAAGGUGAAAUGUAUGAUGAUUUAAGAUCAUACACAGAUGAUAUUAGAGACUUAGUGAUCAUAAGAUCAUAUUUAGAUGAUGAACACAUAAACGAAUUUAUAAAAUACCUUGGUCCUGAGAAUAUUUUAAGGGUGGAAGCCAUGUUUCAUGACAUGGAAUCUGAACUUAAGCUAGCAAGGAAAGAUCAUGUUAGACAAGACUACAUUGACAAAGCUUUGGAUGAAAUCUUGGAGUCAUCAGAAACACAUAUUCUUGAGUUUGUUGAAUCCGUCUUGGACCAGAGGGAAGUCACUAAUGAAGAAAUCGUUGCCUCAGAAAAGGAUAUGCCUGACAAAGAAGCAUCUUUAGUGGACGAUAUCCAAGAAAUUGCAUAUAAGUUGAGAGAAAAACAUUCAGCCUACAGUGAUAACAUUCAGCUUGCACCUGGAGAACAAGUAAAGGACCAAGCUUCACCUGUGAAAGAAAAAGAAGAGCCACCUAAUGAGGAAACCCAAGAGAAAGAAAAACUUAAAGAUUCUGACAAAGAGGAAGAUGUUGAUAAGCUGCACAUUGAGGAGAAAGAAGGGGCUUCUGAGAUGGAAUCACAUACCGAGAAGAACAUGGAACCCCCAUUCCUUCCAGACCAUGAUGUAAAACUAUCUGAGGCUUCCCCGCCACAUGCACACCCCACUGAUGUCAUACCAGAGGAAACAAUCCCAAAUGAAAAAGAACCUGAGCAAGAAAUGACAGUUGAAGUGAAAAGCGAGAGGGCUGAUUUUAUCACAGAGAAGGUCACAUUGCCAGAAGCCAUCCAAUUGCUUACCAGCUUACUCAACACUACCAAGCAAUCACUUGGCCCCUUCACCGAAUCGCUAAUUUCAGCACUGCCAGAGGAUAUCCGACCCGGUCCUGAUUUCCACGGGCUGCAAUGGGAAGCCGUAAUUGUUACGGGCCUCGUUGGACUGAUAACUGUUUUCAUUUUGUUCUGGAGAACCUGCCUAUCGGUCAAAAGCAGAAUUUAUCAAGUCCAUGAAAAGCAGCUUGCAGAGAAAAUAGCAAAUCUGGUGAAGGAAAAAAGCGAGGCCUUAGAAAAAAUAUCUGAAUAUGAACUGAAGAUAAAGGAAGGCAAAGAGUCAGAGUCCGCUACACAGAAGAAGAGCACUGACCUGCUUGCUGAAACUGCAGCUCUCCAGGCCACCAUUAAGGAGAUAAAGGACUCUAACAAAAGUUUAGAGUCAAAAAUGAGGAACCUAAUGAACGAAAUAGCCUCUCAGAAAGCGCAGAACAAGAAGAAACAGGAAAUGAUCAGUGAGGGUCAGAAAUCCAUAGAAAAACUUCAAGAUACGUUUUUGGAGCACACAGUUGAACUGUCAGAGCUUCAAGCAGCUCUGAAUGAAGUAAAACUGAAAGAGGCAAAAGAGCUAAAUCAGCUGCGCAGUAUUAAGGAUGAGAACUCCAGACUCAAAGAGACAAAGGAGCAGCUGCUGAAAGAAGCUGAAGGGUGGAGUGAAAGGCAGCGAGAACUUGAUGAGCAGAUAAAGCUGCAGCAGAAGUCUCACAAAGAUCUGGAGGAAUCCCUGGCCUACAAAGAAAAUGAGAUUGAGGUUUUGACCAACUGCAUCAUGCAACUAAAACAGCUUGAAGAGGACUCGACAAUGGUAGAAGAUGGUAGCUGGCAGCAGACAGGGGAAUUAGCAAACGGAGAGGUUCCAGAGAAGCAGAAGGAGAAAAUGAAAACGCAGAUUAAGCAAAUGAUGGAUGUCUCAAGGGUAAAAACGACAUUAUCCAUAAUUGAGGAAGAAAAAGACCUCUACAAAAGAAAAUUGGCAGAUGAGGUUUCUGCACGACAUGACCUUGAAGAACAAAUUAAGCAACUUCAGCACGACAGCAGUGCUAUGCAGUCAGACAAGAAUCACCUGGACAACGAAUACAAAACUCUGCGCCAGAAGGUUGAAAUCCUUACUGAACUGUACCAGCAGAAGGAGAUGGCCCUGCAAAAGAAACUUACACAGGAGGAAUAUGAGCGCCAAGAUAAAGAGCAAAAGCUGAAUUUGGCUGAUGAAAAGGCCGUUGAGGCCGUAGGAGAAGUCAAAAUCUACAAGCAACGAAUUCAGGAAAUGGAAGAGGAACUGCAGAAAACUGAAAGGGCCUUUAAAAAUCAGAUUGCAGGCCAUGAAAAGAAAGCACAUGAAAACUGGCUCACUGCUCGGUCAGCGGAGAGAACCUUGGCAGAAGAGAAACGAGAGUGUGCAAACCUCAGGCAGAAAUUAAUUGAAGCCAACCAAAGAAUUACAGCGCUCCAGAGACCUGCCAUUGUGAAACCAACACCAGGAAGGCCAGAGCAUCAGCAACCAGUAAAGAGAGGUAAUCUGAGCAGAGAUGGCUCGUUUGGACCUUCCCCUGUAAGUGGGGGAAAUCCUUCACCUCCUCUAACGAUGGAUGUAUCCGGAAGGUCAUCAUCUGCCAAUCUCAGUAGAUCUGAAGGUCCUAAAGGUGACUUUGGUGCCAUGGACAUUCCACCUGGACCAAGGCGUUCCCAAGCUGAUAUGUCAGGAAGAAUCUCUGCUCCAGUGGAACUUGGCCAUUCAGCUUCCAUGGGCCCAAGAACAUCCUCUCCCUCGAUGACUGUGGACGGCAUGCCAAAUCCGCCUCCUGAGCCUGAGGCCCCAAGUGUGGCUCCUAGCUUUCCCCCACCCCAUGAAGUGGAGGCAGUCCUCCCUGGAGCUAAAGGUCCACCAUCAUUUCCUGGAACACCAGUUAUGAAUUCUCCUGCACCCGCCGGUGUGAUGUCACAGCCACCUGUACGGAUGAUUGGUCCACUUCCUCCAAGAGGACCCUUUGGACCCAGACCUCUGCUUCCUCCACAAAUGCAUGGCCCACCACCUGGAAUGAGAGACCUCCCACCAAGACCAUUCUUACCACCUGGUCCAAUGCCUUCUGAUCUGAGAGGUUUUAUCCGUGGACCCCUCGGUCCUAGAGAUUAUCCCCCUGGUCCUAUGCCACCUCCUGGUCCUAGGGAUUACUCCAUGCUUCCUCCAGGAGUAAGGGACUUCCCACCUGGGGCCCCUAUUCCUGGUCCUCGGGAUUUCCCUCCAGGUCCCCCACCACCAGGGGGGCGAGACUUCCCACCUGGACCUCCUCUAGUAAGGGACUUCCCACCUGGAAACCCUCCACCAGGAGCAAGAGACUUCCCACCUGGCCUACCCCCUCCAGGAGCAAGAGAAUUUAUAGGAGGACCUCCUCAUCCUGGAUCAAGAGAGUUUUUACCCGGGCCCCCUCCUCCAGGAGCUAGAGAUUUUAUCCCAGGUCCCCCACCUCUUGGGGCUAGAGAAUUUCAUCCUCAAGGAGUCCCACCACCUCGACCUCCAUCUGGAGCAAGAGACUUUAUUCAAGGUCGGGACUUUCCUGCAGGACCUCAUCCUGGAUCCUUCCCGGUAGGCCCAUCACUGCCUGAUCAGCGCGUUUUCUCUUCUGCACAGAGACCACCGGCACGGACAGACCACAAACUCCCACCAGAACCCAAACCCUGAAAUUUCUGCUAUGGAAACACACGCUAGAAACAAAAAGUACUUUCAGUAGUUUCCCGUUGGAUACAGCGUUACGGUUUACACAAAUACCCCCCAAUUUAUUAUUUCAGUCGUCUUCUAUUUGCAAUAAAUAUUUUACUUUUUUGUUUUUUGGGGGAUUUUUAAUUAAUUAUUCUGGAUUUGCAAUACAGACGCACCUGUCUCCCCACCCCCAUCCCCUUUAAUGUACCAGAGUUAACCCUUAUUUGUCUUAAAGAAAUGAAUGUCAACAUUUCCUGUGGAAAUACAUUUUAUAAUGACAUUAUUUGCAAUGGCUUUUCCACGCUCGGCUGUAGCCUAGACCACUGGUUUACAUAGAAUAAAGAAUUGUUUUUAAUCUCUGGUUGGGAACACCAGAAGUGCACAUAACCUGUAAAUCAGAGAAUAAUUCUAAUAAUAAAGAAUAGGAAAACUCUU